CACCCCAGCUCUCUCCGUGAGACUUCAACGGGACUGUACUUCUCGCAUAGAGAGAACCAGAAAGCUCUCUAUCAGGAAGAACAUCGCAAGCAACUCUCCUCCUGCUGCUGCUUUUUUCUUGAUCUUUGAUCUCAUUUUCCAGGGAGAAAAUGGCAAAGAAUGUGGGAAUUCUUGCUAUGGAAAUCUACUUUCCUCCAACCUGUGUUCAACAGGAAGCGUUGGAGGCUCAUGAUGGUGUGAGCAAAGGAAAAUACACAAUUGGACUUGGACAAGAUUGUAUGGCUUUCUGUACAGAGGUGGAAGAUGUCAUCUCUAUGAGUUUGACAGCUGUUAAUUCUCUCCUUGAGAAGUAUGGAAUUAAUCCUAAACAAAUUGGCCGCCUGGAAGUAGGCAGUGAAACUGUUAUAGACAAGAGCAAAGCCAUUAAGACCUUUCUGAUGCAAAUCUUUGAGAAACAUGGAAAUACUGAUAUUGAAGGUGUUGACUCAACUAAUGCAUGCUAUGGAGGAACCGCAGCUUUAUUCAAUUGUGUCAACUGGGUGGAGAGUAAUUCAUGGGAUGGACGAUAUGGUCUUGUUGUGUGUACUGACAGUGCGGUCUAUGCAGAAGGCCCUGCUCGGCCUACUGGUGGAGCAGCUGCAAUUGCCAUGCUGGUAGGACCUGAUGCUCCAAUUGCUUUUGAAAGCAAACUUAGGGGAAGUCAUAUGUCCCAUGCCUAUGACUUCUACAAGCCCAACCUUGCUAGUGAAUAUCCGGUUGUUGAUGGGAAGCUUUCUCAAACAUGCUAUCUCAUGGCUCUUGAUUCUUGCUAUAACCAAUUCUGUAAGAAGUAUCAGAAAUUGCAUGGCACACAAUUUUCCAUCUCUGAUGCUGACUAUUUUGUGUUUCAUUCUCCAUAUAACAAGCUUGUACAGAAAAGCUUUGCUCGUUUGGUGUUCAACGACUUCGUAAGGAAUGCAAGCUCUGUUGAUGAAGUUGCUAAAGAGAAGCUGGGACCAUUCUCCACUCUAACUGGUGAUGAGAGCUACCAAAAUCGGGAUCUUGAGAAGAUAUCCCAACAGGUGGCAAAGCCACUUUAUGAUGCAAAGGUGCAACCAACCACCCUGAUACCAAAGCAAGUUGGCAAUAUGUAUACCGCAUCUAUCUAUGCUGCAUUUGCAUCUCUUAUUCACAAUAAACAUACUGAAUUGGCAGGAAAGCGAGUAAUAUUGUUCUCAUAUGGGAGUGGGUUGACUGCCACAAUGUUUUCAUUGCGACUUCAUAAAGGUCAAAAUCCUUUCAGCUUGUCAAACAUUGCAACAGUGAUGAAUGUUGCUGGGAAAUUGAAGUCAAGGCUUGAGAUUCCUCCCGAGGAGUUUGUUGAGACCUUGAAGCUCAUGGAGCAUAGGUAUGGGGGCAAGGACUUUGUGACAAGCAAGGACAGUAGCCUUUUGGCACCUGGAACAUAUUAUCUCACCGAAGUUGAUUCCAUGUACCGGAGAUUCUACGCUAAUAAGGAUGGGAUCAGCACUGCUUGUGAGAAUGGUUCACUUGCCAAUGGUCAUUGAUCAUAAACUGACAACCUAGAUGGUAUAAAACUAUUGUGCCUGUAAGUUGGCUUUUGCGUUAUUAAACGUUGUCCGCCAGUGAAGCUGAAGCAUACUACUCUUUAGUUUCUUUAUGUAUGCCAAGGCAGAUUGGUUCUGUUAAACAGCAAAUCAUUCUCAGCUCAGUUCCAUUCUCACCUCCUUUAUAAUAUAAAAAUUCUGUUAGAGCCAAGUUGUGUGUAACCAGUUAUUUCUCCCUCAGAUGCUUAAUGUAACAACAUUUCCAGUUUCUGGAUGAUCAUUUAUGCGCAAAUCUAGUUAUUUGAACAUUUUUUGUUUUUGCUCAUUACUUUUUGUUUUUUAAUUCUAGUACAUUUAAUAACCAAUAGUAGGGAUC